GUGCGUGUGUGCGUGUGUGCGCGUGUCCCCCUCAGCCAUAUAUAUUGAGCCAUGUGGAGCCAGACGUGGAGUUUUGUUGAGCAGACUUUCUCUUGGCUGCAGGGGAUUCUGGGGGAAGGAGAAGCGGCAGGAAAAUAAAAGCUGCCUUCGGCUCCCGUUGGACUGUCGGAGAAUCAGGAACCUCGCCGAGCGUCUGGAUCCCCCAGGUCAAAAAUGAGCGACAUUCUGGACGACGGCUCUUUCAUGUUCACUUCGGAGUCGGUGGGAGAGGGACACCCAGACAAGAUUUGUGACCAGAUCAGUGACGCUGUCCUGGACGCACACCUGAAGCAGGAUCCUGAUGCUAAAGUGGCCUGUGAGACAGUGUGUAAGACUGGCAUGGUGCUGCUCUGUGGUGAAAUCACAUCUCGGGCUAACGUGGACUAUCAGAGGGUGGUGAGGGACACCAUUAAAUACAUUGGCUACGACAACUCUGAAAAGGGUUUCGACUACAAGACCUGUAACGUGCUGGUGGCUCUGGAGCAGCAGAGUCCGGACAUCGCUCAGGGCGUCCAUAUUGACAGACGGGAAGAGGACAUUGGAGCAGGAGACCAGGGUCUGAUGUUCGGCUACGCCACCGACGAGACGGAGGAGUGCAUGCCCCUCACCAUCGUCCUAGCCCACAAACUCAACUCAAAGAUGGCCGAACUCAGACGCAACGGCACCGUCCCGUGGCUGCGCCCCGACUCUAAGACACAGGUGACGGUACAUUAUGACCAGAAGGAUGGAGCUGUGAUUCCCAAAAGAGUUCACACCAUCGUCAUCUCUGUGCAGCACGAUGACGGGGUCACCCUGGAGGAACAACAGAGAAUCCUGAGUGAGAAGGUGAUCAAAGCUGUGGUUCCUGCUAAAUAUCUGGACGACAAAACCAUCUACCACCUCCAGCCAAGCGGUCGCUUCGUCAUCGGAGGACCCCAGGGAGAUGCGGGAGUCACGGGCAGAAAAAUUAUCGUAGACACGUACGGAGGCUGGGGCGCUCACGGAGGCGGAGCUUUCUCGGGCAAAGACUUCUCGAAGGUGGACCGCUCGGCCGCAUACGCCGCUCGCUGGGUGGCCAAGUCUUUGGUCAAAGCCAAACUGUGCCGGAGAGUUCUGGUUCAGGUGUCCUACGCUAUCGGAGUGGCCCACCCCCUGUCCGUUUCCUUGUUCACAUAUGGGUCGUCCCAGAAAACAGAGUCCGAACUGCUCAAGAUCGUCAACAAGAACUUCGAUCUGCGCCCAGGAGUCAUCGUCAGAGAUCUGCAGCUGAAGAGGCCGAUCUACCAACAGACUGCCGCCUACGGUCACUUCGGACGAUCGGAGUUUUCCUGGGAGGUGCCCAAAACGCUCGUCUUCUAAAGACUUUGCAGAUGGACCGACCCGGAGGGCGAAGGAGACGCUCCACCGUGAGCUGUAGCUGCCGACUUCAUCACACGUCUUUAACCCAUUCAGAUCAAAGGCUUCAUGAAAAAAAAUAUACAUUUCUAAAUCUGAAGGUUUUCUGGAAAAUUUAACAUGAAAAUGUAGUUUCACUCCCUGCUGACAAACGUAAACAUUAUGUAGAAAGAAGUUUAACGUUUGGCUUACGUUACUCGAUCUGAGGAAAUAAGACAGUGUCUUGAAAAUGAUGCCGUGUUCAGUGCAUCAGGUCUGAAUGGGUUAAUACAGAGAGUUAUGAAGUAAAGGGAAAAUAGGUUUGUAUAAAUGGUGUAAAGAGAUAAUUAGGGUGCUUUAGGCCAGUUAUAUCCAGAAUACAAAAUAUUCAGCUGUCAGUGCUUCAAAUGUUCAUGUAGUCCCAGUGACACCAGAGAAUAUUUUACCUUAAAAUAGACGUAUCAUGCUUUUAAAUCCUUCCUUUUCAUAUUUAAAUCAUUCAGUUGGGGUCUGUAGAAACUGGAACUACAAUGCUUUGGGCUGAAACUGUAUGUCCCCUUCAAAGUUAGUAUUUUCUGUUUUUCUGGCCAGUUUGAUGAAAUGGAGCAACCUCAGCUUUACAAGGUGCUUUCACCAGUGAACAUCAGUAUUAACCUUGCUGCUGCCUCUGGGUCAAAAUGAGCAACGAGGAUGACCCGAGGGCAGCAGGAGGUUUAAUUUCACAAAUGUGACGACAGCUUAAACCAAAGAUUUUAGGAACUUAUGGACCGUUUUUGUGUUGGAAGCGAAAUUCCUUUUUUCUAUUGCAACGUGCUGCAGAAAGCUGCUGAGCGGGUCAGCCGUGCAGUUUUUAACACCUGAUUCAUCAGUGAUUUAUCCUCAGGUCUUUUUUUUAAGUUGCCUGUAAGCCUCUAAUUUUACCAAGUUAUUAAAAAGCUUAAAUUUCCUGUGGAUUCGUCUGUUAGGAAUGAAGCAUUUAGUGCUUUUAAUACUCAACAUGUCUUAAAUUUAGAAACCUGAUCUGCUUUUCUGCAGAUGUACAUUUCCUUAGAUUUUAUAUUGAAUCUGAAAGCACAAGUAAAAUAUCUUUGACUGUAGUCUCAUUGCAACCCUCCUGAUGACUCUAAAAUUAAAAACAAAACAGAGCAUUUAGAAAUUGUAAUUUUGAGUAUUGAAUUAAAUCCCUCUGAAGAGUCUAUAGAUUUUAAUGGUUCGUGUGCAGCCGGCAUUAUGUUUGUUUAACGUGUUUUCUGUGUCACCCUCUGAUAACUUUUAUUGUCAGAGAAACUGGACGAUGUAAAUAAUGAACCAAUAAAUGAACUACAGAUAUAAAUAACUGUCUAACUCUA